GUCAGGUUUCCAUGACGGACACAACUAAUCGGCGAGCAGCAAUCGACUGCGGCAUGUGUUCUUGGCUUCUGCACGUGAUUUUUUAACUUUCCACUAUGUGGAAGUGACUACCAUGUUGUCAAACAUUGGAAGGUCAUUGUCUCUCUUCAGAGGCUCUUCGGGCUCUUUAACACUCACUCAGGUUACUCGGGCCUGCAGUAGUCUGCUAACUGACAGCAGCAGGGGGCUUGUCCUGUACUCCCAGUCCACAGACAUAUAUGAGAACCUUUCCCUGGAGGAUUGGAUAGAGGCCAAUGUGGACCUGCAGCAACGCAACAUCCUGCUAUUGUGGCGCAACAGGCCAGCCGUGGUCAUAGGGCGACACCAGAAUCCCUGGAAGGAGUGCAACCUGUCACUCAUGAGGCAUUCAGUGAUAACGUUAGCCCGAAGACGAAGUGGCGGAGGCACUGUGUUCCAUGACCUUGGGAACCUUAACAUGACUUUCUUUGCGUCGAAAAAGGCGUAUGAUCGCCAGAGGAACCUGAAGGUCAUCACUGAGGCUCUGAAACGUCUCCGACCAGGACUGGAGGUUGAAGCCACUAAAAGGUUCGAUAUCUUUCUGAAGGGGCGAUACAAGAUCUCAGGAAGUGCAUCUAGAAUCAGCAGGAAGUCGUCAUACCAUCACUGCACACUCCUGCACUCAGCUGACCACUCUGCCCUCUCCACUGUGUUCCGCUCCUCCUGCCAGGGUCUCCACAGCAAUGCCACACCCAGUGUGCCUUCACCCGUGGCUAAUCUGAUGGAUUAUGACCCCACGCUGCAGUGGAAAGAACUGUUGGACGGAUUGGCAGAUCAGUACAGUGCAGAGUUUGGCGUCAACUCGGCAAAGAAUCUUGUUAAUCCCGCUGAUGACUCAGCAUUUCCGGGUCUCGGCAGGGCGGCGGCAGAACUGCGAGGAUGGGACUGGGUAUUUGGAAAGACACCAAAAUUUAGUGUCCAAACGUUGCUGAAAAUGACCGAUAACUGUUCAUCGGUUGACCACAGUGCACAGCUGUGUUUAGAGGUCAAGAGUGGCGUUAUUGAGAACUGCCACUUGGAUGUUCCCAUUGGCUGGCUUCCACAAAGCCUCAGCAGCAAGCUGAGUGGGGUGCUGGAAGGAGAGCGAUUUUGUCCACAACGCAUAGCUGCAUCUUUUGCUGUGCUGUUGCGCUGUGAGAGCGGUGAGCUACAGAACAGACUGCAGAGACUAUGUGACGCCAUAUUGGCUGUCAUGGGCUAAAACAAAAUUGAGGGGCAUCACCAUUUAGGAGUACCUCUGAAAGCUGUACACGGAAAAUUCCUGGUUCUGCCAUGAAGUUUAACCUUGGCCUAUAUAUUCAAAUAAAAUAAGUGAGCAGUGGUGCACAAAGAAAUGAAGCGAUAUGUGUGACCACGACAGAUAGGAAUGUGUCCUAAAAAAAAGGCCACAUUGGUGGGCUGCAUUUGAAGGAGCCGUGAAAUUGGGAUGGCCUUUAUUAUGAUGACAUCUGUCAAAUGUGGGUCGUUUGAUUCACCAGUGCUGACUUCAGGCUGCAGAGUAAUUACAGUUGACAUGGUGACGACAUGGUGACAACAUGGUUGGUUUUCUUUCAUGUAGAGACCUGAGGCCUGUACUACUUGUAUGAAGCAAGUUUAAGUUAUCCAGGAUAUCUUAUUUGGUUAAGCCAAACAUUGAAGAGGCGGGAUAAGCAGUACUACGAAACUGGAUAACAACUUUAUUCAUCAAGUCAGGAUUUUACAUUCCCGUAGAAGUGCUGGUGUUAGCAACAGCAGAUGACUAAUCACAAACAUGAACAAGAUACCUGCAGCACAGUGGCUUACCUCAUUCAGGAAGAACAAUCCAUUAUAACAAGCAUGACAAAUAUAAAUACAUUACUUGCUAAAUAUAACAUGGUUGUAGCUGCUCAAUAAAAGAGAGAAGGCUGUCAGAAAAAUCACCAACUAUGUGAAUGCAUAAGUACGCGACAUUAACAAACACAUGCAUGUAGGUAGAUACUGUACAUUUGGGCUGCAAUACAUGACUGCUAUAUUUUAAAUGGUGUAGUUGACCUUUUUUGUUUCAUUCUAUCAGUGUCAGGGAAACGUGAGCAAAUAAAAAUGAAAUAUAAAAAUAAUAUUCAAAGGGGCUAAGUUGUGUCAUAUGAGUAGGAUGCUUAAGUGUGUCUGUGGUAGUGGUUGGGUUAUAUCAUAACAUCAAAGCACACUUAAAUGACAAGGCCACUGAUGGAGCUAACCGAAAUAUGGUCAUGGUUUAAUUUGUUUGAACAUGCAGUGGAUUUCAUCACAUAGUUCAAUUUGCAGUACCACAUGUCCAAAAGGUGUGGGAAGAAGCAAAGCUUAUUUAAUUCUACCCCACAUCCGUUUUACAUCAAUUGCAAUACAUUUGUUCACUUCCUGUAUUCCAUAUGCACUCCUUGCUGGUUGAAAUACAUAGGAAAACGAUAAGGUAAUGUAAUAAUGUGGUGUAAAAGUCCAAAUUCUUGUCACUCUACUUCAUAUGACUGUCAUAAUAAAUAAUAUAAAAAUAGAACACACUGUAGUUGGAUAAUGGGUGAGUACAGACAAUGAGCUCACAAGUAUGAAGAGGCAGUAGUGAUUAGACAUAGCAUUGUACUGUAUGUACACACUGUUAGAGCAUUCUUCUUCCUUGUACAUUGCAAACACCAACUGCUUGUAUUGUUUCUUGAAAUCGUUCAUGGUAGUGCAUUGUUUGAGUUCCUUGCUCAGUCCGUUCCAUAAUUUGAUACCACAUACUGAAAAGCUGAAGGUUUUUAGCAUUGAUCUUGCGUAUAAGUGUUUUAAGUUUAAUUUUUCCCUGAGGUCGUAUUUCUCCUCUCUCGUAGAGAAGAAUUGUAUGACUUUUGUGGGUAGCAGGUUAUUGUUUGCUUUAUGCAUAAUUUUAGCUGUUUGGAAAUUAACUACAUCACCAAAUUUUAAUAAUUGUGAUUUUAGAAAUAGAGGAUUUAGGAUGUUCUCUAUACACAACAUUAUGGAUUAGCCUAACUGAUCUUUUUGGCAUUACCUUUUACCAAGUAAAGUGUACUUUUAUAGUUAUCUCCACGCAAUCAGUUAAAUAUGGUAAUACCAGAAAGCAAGAGAAAUAAGAAUAAAUAAAUAAGACCCUGCAGGACAGAAUUUCACUCUGGCUGAGGAGGUGAGGAGUAAUAGCCAGGGGCCACAAUAACGUAAGGUUUGAGACAUCAGUUUUAUGUUUAUUUUCAGGAACAACAGAACAGAGAAUGGCUAUGGCUAAAUUAAAUAAAGUACUUGAAAAUGGCGACAACAAUAAAAUGGAAUGAUUAACGCGGUUAGUUGGACUUAUUUUCACUAAAUUACUUGUGUGAUACCUUGGUAUAUGCGAUGGAUAUACAGUAUACUCAUUUUUAGAUUACAUGGACAGUUAAUACAGUUUCACUCAAAAUUAUUCAACCAUUGUAAUUACAUAAUUUUGGAAAUGUAAAAAAAAUCAAUAAACGACCACUUCAAAUAUUUUGAUCUGCCACAAUAAUGUAAUGAAUUUAAAUGAAAAUACUUCAAGGUGACAGCUUUUCUCAGCAUUUUUGUUGUUGAGACUUUUAAAAAGAGAUUAAUUAGAUCAUUAAUUAAAGAUAAUCUCAACCAAAAAAAAACAUAAUUCAUGAAUAAAUUUUACUGCCAAGAUUGAGGAUUUUAUACCCAAAUUCACCAGGAGGUGAUCAGACUUUUGCAACAAAGUAUCAGAGCUUUUCCUGGAGAGGGAUCCAGUGCACGUACUUCAUGUAAAAAUAAAAGGUAAAAAUACCCAUUUUCAGUUAAAAUAAAAAAUGUGACUAAGAAGUAUUACAAAACAUUUUUAACCAAAGUGUAUCAUCACUCUUCUUUUUCUUGGUAUCCAUCCUCUUUAUGAGCAACAGUAAACAGAGCAAACAGUUAUCUGCUACCUAAAAAUGUCAUACAAUUUUUCUCGAUGAGGAUAAAUAUGACCUCGGGAAAAUUUAACUCAAAACAUUUAUACACGAGAACAACGCUAAAAACCUUCAGCAUCAUAUCUCAUAUUAUUUAUUAGGAUUAGAUAUUGGGAUUAAAUAAGAUUUGCUUCUUCCUACUCCCUUUGAACAUGUGGAACUGUGAAUUGUAAUAUGCGAUGUAUUCCAAUGUAACUUGUAUGUAUGUUCAAAUAAAUUAAAUCAUUACCAUUACCAUUACCUUAGCCUGUAUUAACAUAAGAGAAAACUCCAAAAGAGUCAGCGCCUCACCAGCCAUGACCCUGAGUGGACAUCACUGAUAUACACAUGUACACACAUAUCUUAUAUGUGAUAAUUAGUUAAAUCUAAAGUGACAUUUAACAUUUUGUCUUAUUCAAGAACUCGUUAAAUAAAAUGAAUUUAUGCCCUCAUAUGACGCAUGCGUAAAUGAGCACUUUACGCGCUCUCAAAGAGGAACGAAGAUGGAUCACUUUGUGUUUUUUGUAGGAACCAAACUAAAGG